AUGGGGACCCAGCUGCUGGAGGUGCAGGUGCUGGGCUUACUGGUGUGGGCUCCCAUCGCUGACACAACGUACUACCUUCACGCUGCCUACAGCUGGGUGAUGUUUGUGUCCAUCUUCUUCUGGAUAGUAACAGUCCUUUUCUUCAUGACUUACCUCCUACAGCUUCAGCUCAAGUUCUACAUGGUCCCCUGGUCCCUCAUGCUGAUGAUCUUCAACGCUGUGGCAACUGUCCUGUACAUCACCGCCUUCGUAACGUGCGCGGCUGCCGUCCAGCCAACAUCCUGGCGGCAGUGGGAUUACAACCGAAGAGCCGCGGCAUCUUUCUUCGCCUGCCUCACCAUGGUUGCCUAUGGGGUGAGCACCUUCUUCAGCUUCCGCGCCUGGAAAGGGCUUGGCAGCAAUGCAGCCACCAGCCAAGUGACUGACCAUGCAUAA